AUGGAUGGAAGUGGUGACUUCCUGACACGAUCCUGUCGAGAUGAUGGAAUACGAAUGACAAAGAAGUCCUUGCGAAAAAUCUGUAAGGAAACCAGCUUAUAUUUAACACCACAUUUAAACGACGUUUUGUAUCUACAUUAUAAAGGUUUCAGUAAAAUAGAGAACCUAGAAGAAUACACUGGACUGAAGUGUCUGUGGUUACAAAAUAAUGGCAUUGAAAAGAUUGAAAAUCUCGAAAAGCAAACAAAUUUAAAAUGUCUCUUUUUACACUAUAAUUUAAUUGAGAAAAUCGAAAAUUUAGAAGUGCUGCAAGAGUUAGACACAGUGAAUUUGAGCUAUAAUUCAAUCAGAAAACUGGAAAAUUUAGAUACUUUGCCAGUAUUGAAUUCAUUGUACAUAACACACAACAGACUUGAAACUGUUGAAGACAUAGAAAUUCUGGCAAAAUGCAAACAGCUGAGUGUUUUGGACUUGUCCUUCAAUCGUUUGGACAGCCCUGACAUUGUUAAUGUGCUUGGUGCAAUGGAAAACCUCAGAGUUCUGACUCUGACGGGAAAUCCUGUACUCAAACACCUCUCCCCAUACAGAAAGCUACUAAUAAUGAACUGCAAACAGUUAUUACAUCUAGAUGAACGUCCUAUAUUUGAUAAAGACAGAGCAUGCACCGAAGCAUGGUUUGCAGGUGGAGAGGAAGCAGAAAGGAAGUUAAGGCAAAAAUUUAUACAAGAUGAGCAAGACAGAUGCCUCAGAAGUGCUUUGGCACUUGUAGAAAUGCGAAACAAAAAGGUUGCAGAGAGAGCUGCACAAGUAGCUGAUGACACUCUGCAGUGUAUUGCAUUACUAUUUUCAGAAUAUUCCCAGGUGUCCUACACUAACUACACUUUUGGGACGGUAGAAGAUGCACCAUUAGACACUACAGACAGCCAUUCUGAAGAUGUAAAAAAUAGUAACGUUAAUGAUGAGAAAACUGAACAAAAUGUACAAGAGCUCGGAAAGCCAACGGUUUUAAAAGAGGCUAAUGAUGCAGAGUCCAAGCAAAAUGUUGCCUCCAACAACUGUGCAUUUAGUUUAAAUGAUAUUAAUACUGAAGAUAAAAGUACCUUUGAAAGCUAUUACAAAGGAACUGUAGUGGUUGGAGAACAAGAAAAUCUAGGAACUUUAGAACAAUGUGAAAAGACACAUGAGAUGGAUGGAUGUAAGACCAGUGUAUGUGAGGGAAUCAAAACACAUGACACUUGUUCUGCAAAUAAUACAGAAUGUACACAGACUGAGGUAGAAUAUAGUUACGGGGAUGAUCUGGUUGGUCUGACCCAUAGUCAACAUGAUCAUCAAACAUUUGUUUCUUCUGUUUGUGGUCAGAUUGUCUCUGUACACCCUGAGCAACAAAUACUCUGCCAAGUUUGCACUGAAAAUACAGCAGGAGAAAAGAAAAUUGUGAAGGAUAGUAGGGAAGGUGAAUGUAAUAGCUCGGAUUACUGUGAUAGUGGAAAUGAAAUAGUUUAUGACUGCACAACAGAACAUGAGGUAAAAUGCCAUAGGAAAAAAGUUGUUCCUGAUAUUUCAUGUGAUAUUCAGUUUACACUACAUAAAGAAGGAAACAGCACAAUAUGCAAUAUUAGCAGUUCCACCCCUGAAAAAAUGAAACCAGAUUGUUCUAGCAAUGGAGCUUUGGAAAAAGAAAGUCAUAACAACUCCAGAGUUGAUUGUAAUGUUACUGAAGAAGUUUACAGAGCCAGUGAAUCACUUGUCUUUUGUGCCUCUGUGAAAAAUAUGUUACUGCAUGAUAGUGAUAUACCAACAAAUCUAUGCAGUCUGGAACUUGAAGUCAUCAAUGAUGCUCAAAAUCAAAUAUCUGCUUGUCGUCCUCAACAAGAUAAUGUUGCAGAUGAAUAUGAUGCUGAUAGAAUAGUGGCCCAAAGGACUAAAGAAGAUGGAUGUAUUGCAAUGGAGAAAGAGGAGCAACAGAUUGAUAAUGCAGAUUAUGGAGAUGAAAGGACAACUUGCUGUAGGGAUCAAAUCUUACCCUGUACACCUUUUACUAAAGGAACACAUUUGGAAAGUGAAACUAGAAACAUUUUAGAAUACAAUAUACAAACUACAAUUGACACAUGUAAAGCAGAUGUGUGUGCCCUUGCCUUACAUAAUAAAGAAAAAGUUUCUGAAUUAGCAACUGAUUCUGUUCUGUCAGUUAAUGCAGAAUCAGAGAAAAAUACAUGUGACAGUGACACAAUUGAAACUAAUGGAAAGACAUUUCAUUAA